AGAGCUAGGUGUGCAAGGAGAAUCCAUCCCAGCCUGGGAAAUCAGGCUGUGUGCUUAUCCCAGGCUCCCAACCAGGGUAAUGGAGGGACAGUGAGCAGGAGGGCGGAUCUUCUUCGGAUCACGCUUUGUAAAUGCAGCCAAAACCACAGGAAAAUAUUGAGAAUUUCCCAAAACAAAGCCAGAGUUUGAAAUAUCCAUUUCCUCCAAUGCCUUCAGAGACUGCAGGAGCUUUCUCUUGUGGGGCUUUUACACAGUUCUUUUCCCCAAAGGCACAGAUCUGUCUGCUGUUACAUCUUAAACAGAAAUAGUUCAAGUCUGAUAUUCAUCUGCUCAAUUUAGCAAAGGGAUACAGAAGCACUGUCUCCAGAAGGCAGGAAAGGUCAGCAAGGAUCUGCAGUCUUUCACUUAAACUAGAUCAAUAUAGCUGUUCAUCAGCAAGAGCCCUCUUAGUACUAUAGAUUCAGAAUUAAAGCAUUCUGAAAUGCACAUACUAAGUGAUUGGAAGGCAUACAGGGGUUUGGGGGAAGCUACUUUGGUUUCAAUUAAUGACUUUUUGUUCAGUCUUGAUAGAUACAUUCUUUUUUAGGUCUUAUUCCACACUGGUAAGAUUAUACACUCUUACUGCUUAGAAGGGCUGUUAUUAUCAACAAAUUAGUAAGUGGGAUUUCAAGUAUUCCUGCUGAUGAUGCUUCAGCAAAGAGCGAUACAUUUGGGGUCUUGUAUAUCUUUACAUCCUAAUAUACCUUAAAGUGUAGAAUCAAACUAUCAGAGCAGCACAUCUAAGCCUCUGGCUUACUGCUAGAGGAUUUUUGAUCAGAUAGGAAACAAAGGGUGAGAGCAGAAGGCAGGAGCUGUUUAGGGGAGCCCUACAGAAAGCACGCUGCUAGUGAAGUCUUGUAAACAUGGUAUUCUUCAAACAGCCAUAUGGUUUCAAUUUGAUAGGGCUUAUCAUUCAGAACAUUCCAAUUGCCUGCCCUGAGUUUUACCUUUCCCAAAACUGAAAACAAACAUCUGGCAACAUCUGUUGUCAGUUUUCCAUGCAUAACAGCCACCAGUGGGUGGACAAGCAUCUCCCACGGACAAGGGGGAAAGGUGGAGGGGAGAGCCUGUACAGAGGCAGCAGGAAUAAGUGCAAGUCCAGACCACUGCUGAUUUAGUUCAGAUUCCACUGAAGGAAAUGCCUAUUUUGAAGCCACUCUUGCAGCAUUUUAAAAAGGUUUGCUAUGCAGUGCAAGACACUUCCUAAGCGGUGAGAAAGGGCUUGAAAGUAUAUAAAAAAGUACCCUACGAAAUCUGCAUAGUAAUACAAAUCCCCAGGAGAGGCUCUGAAUUACAAGGAUCUCAUUGUCAAGAUAAGACUUGGAGUAACUCAGGUUCUUGGAAGCUGUUCCUGUGAAUCUUUUCAGUCUGACUUGCAACUGAAGUCUUCUCUUUGUGUGGUCUAAUGAUGAGAAGCUAAAGGCUAAAUUAUCCUGCUGCACUCCUGGUUCUGCUUCAGAGACUGGGAUAUUUGUGCCUUUUGCCUUUUCUUUGAACAAGUAUUUAAAAGAAACCAACACAACCCACAAAGAAACUCCCUCCCAUUUUUAGCCUUGAAUCCCAAUUUAUGACUCAUUCAGCUGUUAUACUCCAAUUUCAGCAGCUAUUAUCCAGCUGCCUUCUCUGGAUUCAUAUAAACAGAGUCUGCACUCCUCAUUUCUGGAAGUAAUUUCUCAAACAAUUGGGUUACCUUUCUACUUGCUCAGAGAUCUUAUCAUGGAGAUGAUAAAAAGGUGAUAGCGUGGGAGGCAAUGCCUGAGUAUUAUUGCAAAUAUUUGGAACUGCAGAGCAAUCCUAGGGAUUGGGAAUGAAAUUCUACCUUCUUGCCUGCUGCUCUGCCUCACUCCCAGCUCUUGGUAUGCAUAGGAGGCAUUAUACUUUUAAAGAAAGAGAGAAAAUGGACCUCUGGUGCUGGACGUGGUCAAAGCAGGGGGUUCCCCUCUACAUCACACUCUAGCCAUCAUUUCAGCCAUCUAAGCUGACUGCUCUAGCAGUCUUGGUAACUUGAGAUUUGGACAUGAUGUGGAAAACAUUCAGGAUGGAAGGCAAAGUCCCAUGUCUGCUCCUGCUGGUGGCAGCAAUUGUGACUGCUCAAUGCCAGGGCUUACGCACACGUUUCAAACGAGGAGCCAGGUCCAGAGCCAUUUGCACAGAAAAAUCAUCUGGAGAAAUCUACCAGCACAGGGGGACCUGGCUGAGGCUUUCAGGGAGCAGAGUAGAGUACUGUAGGUGCGACAGCGGUUGGAGUCGCUGCCACACUGUGCCUGUCAGAGCCUGCACUAGAAUGAAAUGCUACAAUGGGGGCCAAUGCUCACAGGCAUAUUAUUCCCCACAGCUCUUCAUCUGCCAGUGCCACCAAGGUUUCUCUGGGAGGCAGUGUGAAAUAGAUACUACAGUUAAGUGCUACAAAGAUGCUGGAGUAACAUACAGGGGUACAUGGAGCACGACAGAGAGCGGAGCUGAAUGUUUAAGUUGGAAUAGCAAUGGCUUGAUGGACAGGAGGUACAGCAGCCGAAGAGAGGAUGCUGCUGAGCUGGGACUGGGCAAUCACAACUAUUGCAGAAACCCAGAUGAGGAUUCCAGACCUUGGUGCUAUAUCUAUAAAGAGGGAAAGUACAUCUGGGAAUACUGCAGUGUGCCCUCCUGUUCAAAAGCUGGAAACAGCAACUGCAAAUCUGGAAGAGGCACAGAUUAUCGAGGCAGCCACAGUGUUACCAGCUCUGGAGCUACCUGUUUGAGGUGGAAUUCCCGAAUCCUUGUCAACAAGUUAUAUACUGCUUGGAGAAGAGAUGCUUACCAGCUGGGCCUUGGUACUCACAACUUCUGCCGGAAUCCUGACAAUGACAGCAAGCCCUGGUGCCAUGUUCUGAAAGGAAAUCAGCUCACAUGGGAGUACUGCAAUGUGCCUACUUGCUCCACCUGCGGCUUGCGGCAGCACCGAGGACGCCAGUACAGGGUUAAGGGUGGCUCCUAUGCAGACAUUGCAGCUCACCCAUGGCAAGCUGCCAUCUUCGUGAAGUACCGCCGGGCGCCUGGAGAGCACUUCCUCUGUGGAGGAAUCCUCAUCAGCUCCUGCUGGGUUCUGUCAGCUGCUCACUGCUUUGAGGAAGGCUUUAGUGCAAAUCAGCUGAAGAUUGUGCUAGGGAGAACAUCCCGAGCCACUCCUGAGGAAAAUGAACAGAACUUUCAAGUGAAGAGCUACACCGUGCACCAGAGAUUUGACUCAGAAAACUUCGACAAUGACAUUGCUCUGUUGCAGUUGAACUCGGAUGCAGAGGACUGUGCUAUUGAAACAGACACUGUCCGUGCUGCCUGCCUCCCAACACCAGCACUACACCUGCCUGCCUGGACUGAAUGUGAGAUCUCUGGUUAUGGCAGAAACAAAGAAUUUUCUCCAUUCUAUUCAGAGCACCUGAAGGAAGGCCAUGUGAGACUGUUUCCAGCCAGCCAGUGCACAACAAAGCAUCUAGGCAACAGGACAGUUACAGACAACAUGUUGUGUGCAGGAGACACAAGGAACCUUGAUGAUGCCUGCAAGGGUGACUCUGGAGGGCCUCUGGUCUGUAUGAAGGAUGAUCGGAUGUAUCUCAUUGGAAUCAUCAGCUGGGGAAUAGGCUGUGGCCGCAAAGACAUACCUGGUGUUUAUACAAAUGUGAAUCGUUAUCUGGACUGGAUUCAGGACAACACGAAUCCCUGAGAAAGAAAAAUGAACUAUCCACAACCCUGUGGCCAUGCCCUCGCAGCUUCCUUCUUGGUGUUUUAAGGAUACUGACAGUGCUUCCCUUUGUCCUAUGGCUUUUCAUACCACAGGAAUGUGUGGGAAGGGCACAUUCUCAAGUUUCUCUCCUUUCCUUGUUACAGGUUAUUGGAAGCUAACACUCCUUUCUCCCCACAUCCCCAGGCUUUCUCCUUGUAUCAAAUCACAAGUACUAUCAAAUUUAACUUAUAAAGAGAGUAAACCAAGAGACAACACUGUGCAUCCCAUGAGCACCUAUGUUGGUUUGGGAAGGGGUGUGAAAUGAAGGCAAAGGGGACAUUAAAUUUCCUGAAAACUUAAA